CUGAAGCACCAUUGAAGCCUGGUAUCAAACAAAAAUAUAAUUCACAAUUCUUUCCUGAAAUUGCUAGACAAAAUGCUGAAAGAACACCUAAUGUAUAUUCAAUGAGGGAAUAGUGCAAAGUGUAAAAUGUUGUUGUUAAUUUAAAUCUCAAACAUUGUUACCGAUAUGAGUUAACAGAUUAUUAUUGUCACCAUGAAUGAAGAAAUGAGCAUUGGAAACUCUUCAUAUUUAAGUUAUGAAAUCAAUGGUACUAGCUAUAUAGUGCAAACAAUAUCAGGGCCAACACUGGAUGCAUUGAAAAUUACGUCAGCUAGUGAAGAGCAAAAUUCAAUUAAUAUUAUAGAUCAAACUCAAGCAGAGAACGAAGAAGUUUCUAUAGUUUGCUUAGAUGGUCGAGUGUAUGCAUUUCAUAAUGGAGAAUUACAAGAAUUAGAUUUUAGCCAAAUUAUAGAUCAGAAUGAUCCACAGGAAAGGACAGUCUUAUUAUCUAAGGAAGUUGAUAGUUAUGAAACACGGUAUAUUACUAACGAAGAUUUAGUCAUUGCAAAUGUUGACGUACAGUCUCAAGAACAAUAUGAAGUUGUCACUGAACAAACUGAUAAGAAUUUUAUUGUGGAGAAGGCAAAUGUAAAUGCUAAUGAUUUUGUAGAAAUAGUAACAGCAUUCAAAUGUAAGAUAUGUACUUAUACAACUCAAGAUAAAACACAAUUACUGCAGCACUUUCAAAAAACACAUGUGAAUCCAAAAGCAGAUGUUGAAAUAAAAGAAGAAUCUGAAAAUACAGAUGAAGUAAAGUUGCUAUAUAUGUGUGGCGAAUGUUCUAAUUGCUUUCCUUCCCUAGAAGAUUGUAAAGAACAUAUGAUAAAUGAUCAUCAGUUGACAGACACAGGAUUUAAUAAAGGUGGUAAAGAAAAUAUGACAGAUGUUUCAAAAGGUUCUGGUUUAUUGAAUGAAAACAUGAGCAAGAGUCUUGAAAAUAAUGAUAUUGAACGACAAGCUAAAAUUCAGAAGCCUUUAAGUUCUGAGUAUAUGCUCAAUAAAAAAAUGGUAGAAUUAAUAGAAAGAAACGUAAAAUGUUCAUAUCGAGGAUGUCCCUACAAAUUCUCUACAGAAGAAGCCAUGCAACAACAUGGGCUUUGCCAUGUAGAAUCGCUAAGUGGAACAACGUUUAAAUGUACAGUUUGCCGUGAUUUGAAGUUUACCAAAUGGAAACAAUGUAGCAUACAUUUAUGGAAAAAACAUCAAAUUGACAUAGGUAUGCUUACUUGUACAAUAUGUAAAGCGUAUAAAAGUGCAACAAUGGUAAAACUUUUGACUCAUAUGCGAGUGCAUAGUGAAACACGAGAGUAUGAAUGUACUCAAUGCGGUAAAUGUUUCAAACAAGCCAGUCAAUUGCGUAAUCACAGAGUGAUGCAUUUGGAUCGCAAAACAUUGGAAGUAACACGUUGGUACACUUCAAAAAAAUGUGAUAUGUGUGGGAAGAUUUAUGCAAAUUCUAAAUGCUUGAAGAGUCAUAUUCAAGCAGUGCAUUCAAAGUUGCGACCAUACGUUUGUAAUGUUUGUGGUCAUUCUAGCGCUAGAAAAGCGAUGUUGCAAAUGCAUUUACGUCAGCAUACCGGUGAUAAACCUUUCAGUUGCGAACUGUGCGAAUACAAGACUGGAGAUCACAAUACAUUACGACGUCACACUAUGCAACACACAGGGUUCAGACCUUACAAAUGCCCGCAUUGUUCUUACACUGCAAUACAAAGUAGUAGUUACAAAAAUCACUUAAAAUCUAGGCAUCCUUUACUGUCUGGUUUGUAUACAUGUGACUUGUGCCCUUUUAAAACUGUUAAGAAUUCAAGUUACGUACAACACGUGAGGGAUCACGAAAAAGGAUUGAUUAAAUCGAAUGUGCAAAAGAAAGACGGGGAAAACGUUGAAGUUUUUCCGGGCAAUAUCGCGGCAGCACAACUGAUUUAUAGCUGUUUGGGUGCCUUCUCGAAAGUUGGAGAUACUUUAGAAGCAAACUUAAUGUCUUCCUCAACGUCUGCGGAUGGUACAUCGCAAACAAUUACGAUACAAAUACCAUCGAAACACCUUGAAGGUUCACUGCCAACGAGAGAAAAUGAAACUAAGAGUAAUUCAUCGAUAGAGCAAGAAGACGAAGAAACAAUGCAUUGUUUUCUAAAAAUUCCACGAGAAGAAGAAGAAAGUAUAGAUACUGGUGGUAUAACUAUACCCGCAGAACCCGAGGAAUUAGGUAACAUUUUACAACUGGAGAGAUUAACAUUUAUUUGAGGUGUUUUGGUCUCGAAAUUUAUAAAAAUGUUGAAAGUAAUUCGUUAUAUACUAAAACAUCUUUAAUAUUUUGAAUGUAUUUAUUGAUAAUUAA